AUGCAACUCCAACUUCUUUUGCCACUUUUGGUGGCGCAACAAGCAGCUGCAUUAGUACUACCAAACUUGAAUCUUUUUGACUUUCCUGAUGUACUCCCUAUUUCCCAAAAGGAAGAGUCGCUCGAUGGGAAACAAAAACCACUUUUGCCUCCGCAAAGUACAGGGUCAAAACCAACGGCAAAGCUCAUCCCCAACAAAUACAUUGUUGUGUUGAAGGAGGGACUUUCGCAACAAGAGAUUGCCGCUCAUCACUCAUGGGCUACAGAAACUUUGGCUUCUCUUGUUAAGCUGGGUGAGGACCAAUUGGUUUCAUUCCUGAUUGACGCUUUUAAUGGAUACCUGGCAUACAUGCCCCCUGCUUUUGUCGAAAUGGUGAAGAAAUUACCAGUGGUUGAUUUUGUGGAGCAGGAUCUGGUUAUGCAUGUGAACGAGUUUGAUGUACAGAAGGAUGCACCUUGGGGUUUGGCCCGUGUCUCCCAAAGAGAGCUUACUACUCCCUCGGUGGACUACCUCUACGACACGGAAGGCGGUAAAGGUGUUACUGCUUACAUCAUUGAUACAGGUAUCAAGACGGAGCACCCAGACUUUGAAGGGCGUGCAGUAUGGGGAGAUGCCAUUGCCUUCCCAAAGCUCAAGGUUGAUGCCCAUGGCCAUGGAAGCCAUGUUGCUGGAACUAUCGGCUCUAAAACGUACGGUAUCGCCAAAAAUGUUGAUUUGGUUGCUAUUGGAGUCAUGAACCUUUUGGGUUCUGGUACUACUUCAGACAUCAUCAAGGGUGUUGAGUUUGCGGCUAAAGAUCACCAGAGCAAACUCAGUGCUAAACAGAAGGGCUACAAAGGAGCCACAGUAAAUAUGCUGAUUGGUGGUGGUGCUUCUGAUGCUUUGGAUCUUGCAGUGAACGCCGGAAUCAAUGCCGGCUUGCAUAUUGCUGUUGCAGCUGGAAAUGAAGACCAAGAUGCGUGUGAAGUGUCUCCAGCUCGUGCUCUUGGUCCUAUCACCGUAGGUGCAACUGAUAACGCUGACGGCAAGGCCUCGUUUUCUAACUGGGGCUCUUGUGUCGAUAUUCAGGCACCAGGUGUUGACAUUUUGUCUGUAGGAAUUUGGCUGGACACCAUGGUUAUGUCAGGUACAUCCAUGGCAGCUCCACAUAUCACAGGCUUGUUGUCCUAUUACUUGUCGUUGCAGCCCGACCUUUCAUCUGAGUUCUCUACAGGGCUUGUCUCCCCUCAAGAGUUGAAAAGGAGACUCAUCAGAUACGGCACCAAGAAUGUCGUUUCUGGUCUCGAUGCUGCUUCGCCAAAUGUGCUCGCUUUCAAUGGCGCCGGUGGAAACAUCACUGACUUCUGGAAGUAA